ACAGCUUGAGAGGUGGUUUUUGAAGGGGGGUGAUGAGGUGGUUUUGUUUAUUUUUAGGGGUGGUUUCCUGGUUUUCUCUGGUGGGUCCGGCGAGCAGUAUUGGCGCUAACUGGGGGAACCAGGCAAGCCACCCAUUGCCACCAGACAUAGUGGUGAGACUGCUGAAAGAUAAUGGAUUUCAAAAGGUAAAGCUGUUUGAUGCAGAGGAAGGGACUUUAAAUGCCCUUUCAAAGUCUGGAAUAGAAGUGAUGGUGGGAAUUCCAAAUGACAUGCUGGCCACUCUAGCUGGCAGUGUCAAAGCAGCUGAGAAAUGGGUUUCUAAGAAUGUCUCCUCUCACAUCUCCAAAAAUGGUGUCAACAUCAGGUAUGUAGCUGUUGGCAACGAGCCUUUCUUAGCAACCUACAAUGGAAGCUUCCUUUCAACAACGUUCCCAGCUCUUCAAAACAUCCAAGGAGCCCUCAUAAAAGCUGGCCUGGGCAACCAGGUGAAGGUCACCGUCCCCCUCAAUGCCGAUGUCUACGAAUCGCCGGAUGGUCUCCCGUCGGGCGGUGACUUCCGCUCGGACAUCCGUGACCUCAUGCUCGCCAUCGUCAAGUUCCUCAGUGACAAUGCUGCUCCCUUCACUGUCAACAUCUACCCCUUCAUAAGCCUCUACCUAGACUCAAACUUCCCUGUUGACUAUGCCUUCUUCAGUGGUGCGUCUUCACCUGUGAAUGAUGGCGGGACCGUCUACAACAAUGUGUUUGACGCGAACCAUGACACUCUCGUAUGGGCACUGAGGAAAAAUGGCUACGAAAACUUACCCAUCAUUGUCGGCGAAGUUGGGUGGCCGUCAGAUGGUGACAAGAAUGCGAAUUUGAAUUAUGCACAGCAGUUCAAUCAAGGUUUCAUGAACCACAUUUUGACUGGGAAUGGGACCCCCAUGAGACCAGGGCCCAUCGAUGCUUACUUAUUUAGCUUGAUUGAUGAGGAUGAGAAGAGCAUCGAUCCAGGAAAUUUUGAGCGGCACUGGGGGAUAUUCUACUAUGAUGGGCAGCCUAAGUAUCCGCUUAAUCUUAGGGCGACAAACGGAGGGGCUUUAGUCCGGGCGAAGAAUGUAAAGUAUCUGAAACGGCAGUGGUGCAUACUCAAGUCAGGAGUAAAUGUCAGUGACCCACAAGUUGUAUCAAGCGUUAGUUAUGCCUGUGGUAAUGCGGAUUGCACAAGCCUUGGGUAUGGUUCGUCGUGCGGAGACUUGGAUACACGCGGGAACAUCUCGUACGCAUUUAAUAGUUACUACCAGAAGUUCAAUCAGUAUGAGAGUGCAUGCCAGUUCCCAAAGAUUUCAAUAAUAACGAAGACGGACCCGUCAACAAGAAAUUGCAGGUUUGGUAUCAUGAUCGAUUCAGGCAUGGCUGGACAUGGCCGGGGAUUUGGAAAUAUGGCCAUUGAUUUGGCAGCGGGUAUGUUUCUCUUUUUGCUGACAUAUAUAUGAGAUUGGACUUUUUAAUGCACCGUGCUCUCGGCAUUUUCUCACUUGCUUUUUAGUACUGAUAAUGAUAGUUUUGUGAUCUCUGUGAAAGGAAGUCACUAGCAAGGCUUCCCACCUUAAAGCGAUGUAUUUUGCUCU